AUGGAAGACAUAGCAGUAUACUGCUCAUGGGCGGAUGCGCAACUCGGCGCUGAUCACGCUUUCCUCUCAGAAGUCCCUACAGAAGUCCGAUCACUCAUUACCAGAUCAACAGCGUCUCAGUAUCUGGAGUCCCUCGCCGAUGUUAUCCGUGAUGCUAGAUAUACAGAUGCGCUGUUCCCACUCUUCAAACCUCUCUUGCCCGAGCUGCACGCCAGGUGGUCGAGUCCCAACUGCACCACUGAACUGAAGGACAUUAUCAGCACCAUAUCUUGUCUGGCUAGGAUUUUGCCCCUUGCCACGUAUCUGCGCCCUCAUAUCAAAUGGCUGCUUCGGAUAGACCACUUAAGGCGUCGUGUGAUGGAUCUAAGAGGCCCUUCAUCCGAGCUUCCAGACGAUGUCGAACAUGCACUUCUGCUCGCUGUCUUCCGGCUACUCUCGUUUGACCGACGCAUCCUCACCGAUAUCGUUACUCCUGUCUUUUUCUCGUCCUUUUUGCGUCAUCGCGCACUGCCAGUCAGAUACUUAGCUGUCCAGUGUCUGUGCAUAAUCAUGCACUUCGCCGAUGCGUUUUCUGAGACCAUGGUCAAGACAUAUGUGGGCGAUGAAGCCUUAUGGGGCGAGUGGGAGGGUCAGCGGAUAGAUUAUCGGCUGCUGAAGCUUUGGGAAGAGAGGCGCUGGAAAGAUCUCAUUUCCACGACGGCGAGCAUUGAGAAAUCCUGGCAAUCAUCAUCAUCGUCCUCACCUUCAAAGGGUCGCAAUCGGCUUUCCGAAAGUUUCACGCCGCGCGUUGUUGAUGUUGGCGGCAUUCUCCACUUGCCCUUGCCUUUGGACGAUCAUACACCAAGGCUGUCUGCUUCUACUUUCGUCCUGACGCCCACGGCGAAGCUCAAUUUGCGGCGGCUGGGCGAGUGUGUAUUAUAUUCGAAACCCAUCCUAAUCUCGGGCCAGGCCAGUUCCGGAAAGACGUCGUUGGUACACGAGGCCGCAAGGCUUCUGGAUCGAUCAUCGUCAAUGAUUACAUUACACCUCAACGAACAAACAGACGCUAAGAGUUUGUUGGGGAUACACACUUCUUCAGCCGACGGCCAGUCCUUUACCUGGCAGCCCGGCGUUUUGACUAAGGCCAUGCAACAGGGACGAUGGGUUCUGAUAGAAGACAUUGACCGGGCACCAGGCGAGGUUAUGGGGAUGCUGCGUCCGAUCCUUGAGAAUGGCGAACUGUUACUGCCGAGUCGAAAUGAAAAGAUAUAUCCGAGGGAUGGAUUUCGCAUUUUGGCAACUAUCGAAUCAGCCGGGCAGACGUCUUCCAUCAAAAAUUCUCGCCAAUCGUGGCUCCUCAGUUCCCGACUCUGGAGCAUUGUCGAAGCGGCCAACUACCCGCCAGAAGAGGUCGAAGCCUUGCUUUAUUCUCGAUACCCUAAUGCUAAUGUUUUUAUUCCGACGAUUCUGCAAGUUCACGGAAAUCUUCUUCGUCUACACAAGGAACACCAUGCACUAAAAAGACUACAGACACGCAUGCCCUCCUUGAGGGAUCUUCUCAAUCUGUUGAGGAGGAUAGUCCGUCGACUGGGCCGUCAUGGUGCCAUUUCACAGUCGGAUCCUCUCCCCGAACAGACAAAAUUCCACAUUUUCAAAGACGCCGUCGACUGCUAUGCAGGCUAUUUCGACAAUGAGGAGCUUCAUGGAUUCAUGGCCGAGAGGAUUGCUGCCGAAAUGAAUAUUUCACCUCAGCAGAUGCGGCACUCUCUGGAUGAAACCUUCCCAACUAUCUCUGAGCACAAAGACGUGGUGCAGGUUGGACGGAGUACUCUUAAGAGAAUUGCAGUUCGCCGAGGACAAGCCAAGAGAGCUCCUUUUGCGUUCACCGUUUCUGCUAGCAGAACGCUCGACCGCAUAGCCGUGUGCGCCGAUUGCUCAGAACCGUGCCUUCUAGUUGGUGAGACUGGCGUUGGAAAGACGACUCUGGUGCAACACGUUGCCAGCCUCGUGGGCCAGACACUUACUGUGAUCAACCUGUCGCAGCAGAGCGAAGCUGGUGACCUUAUUGGGGGGCUGAAGCCUGUAACAAUUCGAUCUCUGAUUCUGCCAGUAGUCGAAAAGUUUAACACCUUGUUUGAUGAUACCUUCUCCGCAAAAAGAAACGAGAAAUUCCAAAUAUCUCUUACGAAGGCAUUCGGAAAACAGAACUGGUCGAGACUACUGAUUUUAUGGAAUGAAGCUAUCCAGAUGGCAGCAGCCUCUCUCAACACCGCAGAAAACCCCCGUGCAGAUGGAUCUGUCCAUGCAAACAAGAAGCGCAGGCUGGACACACCGAAAUAUGAAGCACUCCGCACGAGGUGGACUGACUUUUCUGAAAGCCUGAAGCAGAUUCGUGCCUUUGUUGCCCACGGUCACAAGACUCACACUUUCGCGUUCGUUGAAGGCAGGUUGGUGCAAGCAGUCCGAGAAGGAGGAUGGGUACUCUUUGAUGAGAUCAAUCUAGCCCCGUCGGACACUCUCGACCAUAUUGUCAGCCUCUUGCAGAAUGGAGACGAAGAAAAGCCUUCGUUACUUCUCACCGAAGCAGGCAACAUUGAGACCAUCAUUGCUCAUCCAAAUUUCCGCGUCUUCGCUGCUAUGAACCCGGCAACGGAUGCGGGAAAGAAAGACCUCCCCCCUGCUCUGCGAUCACGAUUCACCGAGAUAUAUGUUCCCUCUGGCGACAAUAAUCUCGAGGAUCUGACCAAGAUCAUUCAAACAUAUCUAGCAUCCCUGCUUGAUAACGACAAACGAGCCUCCCUGGAUCUUGCGAACUCUUAUCUCGAGCUGAAGAAGCUCAAUGAAGCACACCAACUGACCGAUGGGGCAGGUGAAACGCCGCAUUUCAGUAUUCGGUCCCUUGUUCGAUGUCUAUUAUAUGUCUCGCAACACAGUGCAAGCUACGGCUUGAGACGUGCUAUGUACGAGGGAUUUGCCAUGAGCUUCUUUACGGUACUGAGUAGAGCAGCCGAAAAUUUGGCUCUACCGUUGCUUGAGAAACACCUUCUCUCAAGUAUCAAGAACCGGAAGGCAUUUUUCAGCCAACAACCAAAAAUGCCACAGAAUGGAGAGGACUACGUUGCUUUCAGACAUCACAUUGUCAAAAGAGGUCCGGUUGCUCCUGACUUCCAACCGCACUAUAUCAGAACACCCUCUGUCGAACGCAAUUUGCUCAACCUGGCUCGUGCCGCCUCUAUGCGACGUUUUCCAAUUCUUCUCCAAGGUCCGACAUCGGCUGGCAAGACCAGCAUGGUUGAAUAUCUUGCAAAAUUGUCGGGUAACAAAUUCGUUAGGAUCAACAACCAUGAGCACACAGACCUCCAGGAGUAUUUGGGCAGCUAUAUGUCCGAUACCGACGGCAGGCUCGUGUUCAGAGAAGGUGUCCUGGUGGAUGCGCUACGCCUUGGCCAUUGGAUCGUGCUCGAUGAAUUGAAUUUAGCUCCGAGCGAUGUGCUCGAAGCUCUCAAUCGCUUGCUUGACGAUAACAGAGAGCUCCUUAUUCCAGAGUCUCAGGAAAUCGUGCGACCACAUCCUAAUUUCAUGCUCUUCGCCACACAGAAUCCGGCUGGUCUAUAUGGGGGUCGGAAGCGGCUAUCCAGAGCUUUCAGAAAUCGCUUCCUCGAAAUUCACUUUGAUGAUAUUCCUGAAGAUGAACUGGAGAUAAUACUACGAGAACGGGCCCAGAUCGCUCCUUCGUUUUGCACCAAAAUUGUGGCAGUCUACAAGAAAUUGUCCCUUCUCAGGCAAUCUUCUAGAUUGUUCGAACAGCGCAACAGCUUUGCUACACUUCGAGAUCUAUUCCGAUGGGCCUCAAGACCUGUGGACGACUGGCAGCAGUUGGCACAGCACGGCUUCAUGCUCUUGGCAGAACGAGUAAGAGAACCAGCAGAGCGUGCUGUGGUCAAGGGCAUUAUCGAGGAGACUAUCAAAGUUGUGAUUGACGAAAGUGUUUUGUAUGGCAUGUCGAAGAUUCCGAACGCUGUUCAGCACCAUGGUUCGAUUAUCUGGACGCCGGCAAUGAGGCGAGUUUUUGUUCUUGUGACCGAAGCACUGAAAAAUAACGAGCCGGUUCUCUUGGUCGGCGAAACAGGAUGCGGAAAGACUCAAAUCUGCCAGGUGAUUGCCGAAGCAACUGGCACGCCAAUUGAUAUCUACAACGCGCAUACCAAUACCGAAACUAGUGAUCUUAUUGGGUCUCAGCGACCAAUUCGUAACCGGUCUGAGCUUGCUCAUCAUGUUCACGCUAGCUGGCAGGCUUUGGUUCGUUCCAGGCCUGACAGCAGCUUGACUGAAGACCUUGAUGUUCACCAAAUUGUGGAGGCUGUCAAGACUCUUGACCAAUCGAGCUAUGAUCCCAGACUUGUCCAGAAUCUCCGAUCUAGCAUCGGGGCAUACGAGGCUCUGUUUGCUUGGAAUGACGGCAGUCUCGUCCGAGCCAUGAAACGGGGCGAAUAUUUCUUGCUCGAUGAAAUUUCUUUGGCUGAAGACUCUGUUCUUGAACGUCUGAACAGUGUCCUGGAGCCAUCUCGGACAAUUCUGCUCGCGGAAAAGGGCUCGGUCGACAAUCUCGUUAUCGCGCACCCCAAAUUUCAAUUUUUGUCCACAAUGAAUCCAGGAGGCGACUACGGGAAGAAGGAGCUGUCGGCGGCACUACGAAAUCGGCUGACUGAAAUCUGGGUACCUCCCUUGUCACAAGAAGCAGAUCUCUUGCCCAUUGUCCAGACUAAGCUAGGAACAAAAACAAGUAAUCUGGCCAAGAAGAUGCUCCAGUUUGCUGCCUGGUUUCGUACAGAGUUCCACAAUGCAGCAUCCAAGAGCAUUGCAUUGCGAGAUCUGUUGGCUUGGGCAGACUUCGUCAAUCGCGCCGAGUCCCUGGGCGAGGAGUCUGCUUUCGUGCACGGGGCGUUCAUGGUCUACAUCGACUCCAUCGGUGCAAAUCCAUCUGGGCUAACUUCCAUGGGUGCAAGAGAUUUAAAUGAGUCAAGAAAAAGGUGUCUCGAACGAUUACAAGAUCUGGUUAGUCUCAAUGUCCUGGAAAACUAUGGAAGAAUUCCUGAGCUUUCAUCUUCGGAGGAACGCCUCUUCGUUGGUCAAUUCUCUCUUGCUCGGACCGAAACUUCAGCUCAGCAGACAACGGAUCUGGUUUUCAACGCUCCAACCACGGCACAAAAUACAAUGAGGAUUGUUCGUGCUUUGCAAAUGACAAGGCCCAUUCUGUUGGAAGGCAGCCCUGGUGUCGGCAAGACGGCGAUAGUGACAGCGCUCGCCCAAGCUUGUGGAAGGAAGUUCACUCGAAUUAAUCUGUCCGAUCAGACGGAUCUUAUGGAUUUGUUUGGGGCGGACGCACCAUCCGAGAACGAAGGAGUCGGGAAGUUUUCAUGGCAAGACGGACCUUUGCUGAAAGCUAUGCAGUCCGGUGGAUGGGUCCUGCUCGACGAAAUGAAUCUGGCAUCUCAAUCCGUUCUGGAAGGGCUGAAUGCUUGCUUGGAUCACCGUCGGGAAGUGUAUAUUGCAGAGUUGGACAAGUCUUUCAUCUGUCAUCCGGAUUUCACUCUGUUUGCGGCGCAAAACCCUCAUCAUCAAGGCGGAGGUCGGAAAGGACUUCCGGCUUCCUUCGUCAAUCGAUUCACGGUCGUCUACGCCGAUUCUUUCCAACGUGUGGACCUGAUUCGUAUUUGCAAGUCCAGGUUCCCAGAGGUUGACGAUGAUCAAAUCGAGAAUGUGAUCAAUGAGGCUACGCGCCUGGAAAAGGUCGUUGCGGGGAGCCCUGCUUUUGCCAACGGGGGACCUUGGGAAUUGAAUCUACGCGAUGUGGAGCGAUGGCUGCGAUUGUGUAAAGAGCAGCCAACACUUCCCUCGUCUUACCAUGUUCGCACUAUUGUCACGGAGCGUUUUCGCACCGUUGUCCAAAGAGACCAGGCCUCCGGAGCAGCCGAGUCAGGCUCCAUUUCUCUCACGCCCGAAAGCUUUUACAACAACAUGACUGACAGCGUUCUUCAGAUCGGCAACGCCUUCCUCUCCAGGGAUGCCGUUUUCCAAAAUACCCAGGCGCCGCACACAACUCCCUCUACACGACAACUUUCCGCCUCAAACUCUAUCAUUACAGCCAUCGGACAGAAAUGGCCUGUGAUCCUGGCUGGUCCCUCGGGUUCGGGAAAGACAACUCUCAUCCGAUAUCUUGCGGCAGCAGCAGGGGUCGAGCUUGUCGAGUUUUCCAUGAACUCUGAUGUAGACACGAUAGACCUCGUGGGAGGUUUCGACCAAUACGAUGUCCGUCGCGAUGUCAGCUCGAUCCAGAUCAAAGUACGAGAAUUGCUUCGAGAACAAAUCGCAGCAGCUCUGAAAAAUGUAGCAGAUGAAGCGCGCCAGAUUGAACUGCUGAGGGCAUGGCGCUUCCUCGAAGACAAUGAGAUCGAAAUUCCUGAGCUUCGGGCAGCGAUCUUAACUUUACUGCCGAUUUUCCCGGAACUGCGACCACAAGUUGAAAUGAUUUCAACUAUCCUUGAUUCAGAUCGUGAAAAAAGCCUCCGAUUUGUCUGGAAUGAUGGCGUCCUCGUCAAUGCUGUUGAGAACGGCUCGUGGCUGUUGCUCGAAAAUGCCAAUUUGUGCAAUCCGUCUGUUUUGGACCGGCUCAACUCCUUGCUCGAACCAGGUGGAUCACUUGCCAUCAGCGAGCAACAUAAUGGGAGCACUGGCACCAGAAUAAUCGAGCCACAUGCAAAUUUCAGAAUCUUUCUGACGAUGGACCCGCGCUAUGGAGAGCUCUCUCGGGCGAUGAGGAAUCGGUCACUCGAGAUCUUUAUUCCUGACGUCCACAAGAUUGACCGUGCGACUCCGAUCCAGUAUCCGAUUUCUUCUUCUCUCACUCGAUUGCGACAUUUGAUGGACACCGUCGGCAAAACACAAAAGGCUCACAGUAUCGAGGCAGCGGUAGACAAUCUCAGCCGUACAGAUAUGAAGUUGAUCUCACAGGCCGAUCACUCCAUGCUUGAUCCCACAACUAACGAAUUAUUACAAAAAGAAAUCGGCGACAGGAAUCUGUCCGAGGUGGGAGAUGUGUACCAAACCUUGAGCUAUCUGGUGCUUUCGAAAGACAACCGAUUUCCACAAAUGCCCAUCCUUAACGAGCCACUGAUCUUGCUCGAAGGGGUUUCCAAAAAUGAAUCUCUAGGGCCUUCCUUUGCAGGACCAUUUACCAAGUACUGGUAUGUAACGCGGCAGUUGGCAGAAAUCAUUUCGAUCAUGAAGAACGCAUCAAUCCGUGUCAAAACACUCGCCAUCAAGGACCAAACAGUACUCGAAAGAUCAAUUUCUGUUUCGAAGAGGGCAGCACUUGGUUCAACACCAAACGUUGCAGCUUUUGGCAAGCUUGUGGUUUCCUCAAUGUCUGAAGUCGUUCGGAGGGAGCUCAGGGCGAGGAGGAAUGAGGUCCUGGCGGAGGGAGUGGAACGAAUCCUUCGCUUUACUCUGGAGUUCAUCUUCCUCUGUAACACGAAAACAAUUGACAUAGCUUCUUUGGAGGCAUAUCUGCAAGUUGGGGCUGACUUGCAGAAUCUUGUUCAGCGACAGUCUCCCGACCUUGCCUCUCAGUUUUCAUCGUGCCUAGAUGCUUUGGGGGCUUCCAGGACUGGUCCAGAGGCUGGGUUCGGGCUUCAACUUAUGUGGCCAAGUUUCCGGCCCAUAACAGCAUGCACGUGGUCACAACUCAACUGUCAGCUCGCAUUAGAACAGCUCAUCGGCAGAUUCGAUAUCGCAUGUCGCCGCUUACCGCAACCUCGAACCUCACUUUCCGGUGUGAGGUUCAGAUUGAAAAGUGCGUAUGCCUCGAUUGCCGAGUCAGAACAACCAGAAUCCCUGAUGCUGGAUCUUCAGGAGGCCGUGUCAAGACUCCAGGAGCAAUCAAACAACGGCUUUCUUCUUGAAGGAAAGUUUGAAAACGUGAUCAGAUUCAUAUACCAAGCAGUUAUGUUGCAGAAGGGCACAGCGAACGAAUCAGAUCUGGGAACUCUAGCGAUGUUUAUGCACCAAUCCCAAAGACUUUCACUUGCCUUUGGAUAUCAAAACACUGUGUCUAAUUCGUUGGCCCGUCUUGCAUCCCUGAAUGCAGAUAUCUUGGUGGAUGACGGCUCCGUUGGGCUGGAACUCAGUGGUCAGCUUUCUUCAGUACAACGCCAGCCUCUCGGAACCCUCAAUCAUGCGAAAGAGGAGGUGCAGGAACUGACGAAGACGUUGGCAUCCCACACUUCCUCAUUUGACAACUUCUGGCGUCCACUGAUUGAGAAUCUCCUUUCGAUUCUGGGAGGCUUCAUGUCUUCCUUCCGUGCUCUCUUGACGCCGGAGGCAAGAGCAUGCUUUCCUGAAGGAUACGGACCAGAUCUAUCUCGGUUGUCUACCAUACCGAGCGAGGAUGUCUUCCUGAAUGUGCACAGCAACGAGCCUUUCAACAAAGUGCCCUUGGACCCUGCAAUAUAUCCGAUGGUUGUGUACCAUCUCCAUGAACGCCGACGAGGGGAACUGGUUUCCAGAAUCGAAGGGCAGAAGGAAUUUCACAGGCACCUGAUGGGAAUAGACACCGCUCUUGUUAUCCGUAUCCUACAACAAGAGCUGCUCGAAUUGGGUACUGUCACUCAACCUCCGGCAGUGAUAAGACCUGGCAAAGAAGAAUUCUUCAAGAUUCAAGACGUCUUCACAACAAUCGUGAACGGUUUGCUUAACUACCAGGAAGCUCAAACGCUUCAAGAACUACGUCCUGGCAGUGUAGAAUGGAUCGAGCACUGGGCUAGCAAACAAGGAAUGUCAAAUCUGAGCACGAUCAUUGAGCGACUAGAAACUUCUCAUCGAGCGUUCGAUGACUUUGUGAAGCCGAUUCUAUGGUUCUUGAAAUGCCUGUAUCUGGCCUUGGAGCUUGAGGUUGGCGACAGGAGUCGAAGCAGCACCCCUCUAGUUCUUCGCGAGCUUAUCGCAAGCACUCCUUUACUGACCAGAAGUCCUGCCACUGUUCACCACUGGAAACCCCUUCACAUCUCAUCUCCAGUGGUUAAGCUGCACUGGCUGGAUCACAUUGGAAUGAGAGCUGCUCUAGCAGGGAAGAGGGAGUCUGUCCUGAUCGAGGACUUCAUUGGCGUUAUUGAUGGCUUUUACUUCGAAUGGAAAACUCGCCUGACCCAAGACCAGGCCGAUGCUGCAACGAGAUCUCGCUACUAUACCUACCGUGGGGAUACGCUUGAAGACGAAGACGGCGAAAGUCGCGAAAUGAGAGAGCUAUUUCCACAGUUCGAAGACGAGGACAUGGAGAAUGACGUGCAGCAACCAAAAUUCGACGCUCGCGCCAAUGCGGCUCGACUCAGCAGGCUACAUCAGAAGAUCUUAACCAAACAAGACCCGCAGGGGGCCAUGGAAGCGUUCAUUCUAUCCACAAUGGAAUUAUUACCCAAGGCUGCCGGUGCUGCUGGAGGCACUGGAAGUUCGUUCCUUGAUUUCCUACCGGCUGUCUUUCUGCAGAUGGAAGCUAAAUUGAACGAGUUUAGCAGCGAGAAAAGUGCCAGCACCUUCAACAUAUACACUGACCCCGACGUUCAGCAAAGUCAGAAGCUGUUGGAUCUGGUCUACCAUAUUCAAUCGAGAUUCUCCGUCAUCCGGGAAAAAUGGCCUGAGCAUGCGGUACCCGCAGAUGUCCUAUCAUUCUGCAGCGAAGUCCUCCAUUUGAGCUUCGGUGACCCUAUCGCUAAACUUCUCACCAAGAUGGAGAAGCUAUACGAUAUUGUGUCGCAAUGGCAGAAUAUUGCCAGCAGGGAGUGGUCCGUCGGCCCGCUUGUUGAGCAGCUAUCAUCAUUGAUCAUUAGCUGGAGACGUCUGGAGCUCCUGUCUUGGUCACGGCUGCUUGAUGGCGAGCAGCGUAAACAUGAUGAGGACGCACAAGCCUGGUACUUUAUUGCAUAUGAGGCUAUCAUAUAUAACUCCAGGAAUCUAGACAUUCAUGACGGGGGCCUCGCUUCAUAUCAACAACAUUUGGUCGAAACAUUACAGGAGUUUCUCAAGUCGACGACACUAGGUCAAUACUCGCCCCGCUUGCGACUGCUCGACACGCUCAGCAAGACCAUGCAGAUCCUGGCAACUAACCGUUCGCACCUCAAAACGAUUGCUGCCUGCGUUCAAGACGUUAUUGAUCACCAUCGUCGGUAUGAGGGCGGUGUCGAGGCCAUGCUGCAUAGCGGCCGUGUGGGACUCGAGAAGGCUUUGGGCGAGCAGAUCAAACUCGCAAGCUGGAAGGAUACCAAUGUUACAGCCCUCCGUGAAAGCGCACGCCGAACACACCACAAACUGUUCAAAAUCGUUCGCAAAUAUCGUGAGCUCCUCAACAAGUCUGUCGUAUGCACUGUGCCUGAAGAUCCCGGGACGGGUUCCCUGGCCAGUAUUGUGGAAGACCUUUCCGUACCUCAUUCUGAAGAUGAACGAUUAGCAACAGCACUAGGACGAUGCAGCUUGCUGAUUGAGGACUGGAGCACACGGCCUGAACGUCUUACUCAACCCCUAGGCGCAAUCAGAAGCAUGCAACAUGUAUACCGACCAAAGCAUCCCGAAUUUCAGGCGUAUUUGGAGAUUGUCUCAUUCCGAGAAGACCUGGUUGAAGCAUCAAAGCAAUUGAGGAGUCAGACACCAUCAGCAUUGAACGAAGAUAAUGCCUCAUUUGUCCGCCACCUGCAAGAGAGAAAGAGAAGAUUGCUCGCGGAUACAUUGAAAGCAGUGACGCAGAUGGGGGUCAGGAGAAACCUUCCGACCUCUGAGCUUGAAAAGCAAUCAUCGUGCGCCGCUGUUCUGGCGUUGGUGGCGGAUUCGCCAGUGAGCCAAUAUACGCCGACCGAGGCUGCUGCCAACGAAACCUUCCACCAAUUGCUUGAUGUCAUGCCUCAAGUCCGCGCAGCUCGAAUCGAUCACUCAGACGAUCUCACCGAAGGCGAGAUCAAUCGUUCUGUUGGGCUUUUGGAAGGCUUGCUGUUCGUGACCAUUCGUCAACGUCAAGUAUGUCCACAGCAUGCAUUCGAAAUGAAGGGACUGGGCGCUCAGCUGUCAAUGCUCAGGUCAGUCGCGUAUUCUUCAUCAGGUCAGAUUAUGCAAUCCACUCUCUCCGCUCAAGGCGUCGAUUUUGUGCAAGAGCGCCUCGCGUGGCUGGCAGAGAUCUUGAAUAUUGGCUGUCGUAUUUUAAAGUUCCAGGCACAACAUGGAGGGUUCGAUGUCAAAGAAUGCCUGGAUUCACUGCAUUCUUACGCGAACCAAAUCACAGACUUGAGACACAACAUCCUUGAUCUACCUGACGCACCGUCGGGAAUGACGUGGAAGACAUUACAGAGUCUGAUGGGGAAAAUUCCUCAACUCUUUUCUCAAAUACGGGUUUCACUGGUCGACUGGCACGUCAGCGAACCUCGCAUCGAAUAUCUCAUGCGCCAAAUCAUUCCCUGGACCGAGACGAUUCCACCAUUGACGGACGGAACGCAAGUGCCGCACCCAAACUUGACGUUUCGAGAAUUCGAUCAGAACCUCAAAGACGUAGUGGAUCAAGUUUUUGUGGGGAUGCAACGACUGUCUUCGCUGCCGCUAGAGGUGCCCACCUCAGAUGAAGACCAAGGCUGGCUGUCCAAAUCAGACAAGUACGUCGUCGAGGCACUGCGGUCGCUGAAGAUGAGCACGAUUACCAGCCGACUUGAGGUAUCCGUGAUACAAAAGCUCCAACAUCUGACUCCGGAAGACUUCGAAGCCGCCAAGGACCUACUGCUUGUAGCCAUGCCAGUGCUCGAUCAGUAUUACUACAUUUGCGAGCAUCUCCAUAACCGACACGCCGCGCUGUUCUUGGAGACGUCGCGACUUGCCUUACAACUGGCCAGGUCCUUCUCUACCAUUGCAAAACAGGGGUUCUGUCGUCCCUCAGAGCCCGCAGACGGCGAGGAGCAGACAGGUAAACUCGAGUCUGGAACCGGGCUGGGUGAAGGGGAGGGCGCUGAGGAUAUCAGCAAGGAUGUUAAAGAUGAUGAAGAUCUCUCUGAGCUUGCACGCGAGGGGCAGAAAGAAGACAGAGACGGCGAGAUGGAGAAGACGGACGACGCGGUUGAUAUGGACCAUGAGGACCUGGAAGGCGAAUUGGGUGGUGAUGACGAGAGGCUCUCAGAUCAAGGCGACGACAAUGACCAGUCUGGAGACGAAGAGCAGAACGAUAUCGACGAAGAGACAGGCACUGUUGACGACCUCGAUCCCAACGCCGUGGAUGAGAAACUCUGGGAUGACAUCAAGAAUGAGUCGGAAAAAGACAGGGAGCUGAAAAAUGACAAGGCCAAAGGAAAGAAGUCCGACGAUCAGACUGCCGGAGAUGGAAACCAGGACAAAGGAGAAGAAAUGGAAGAGACGGGCAGGCCAGAGGAGGAAAUGGAUGAAGGCGAAGACCGAGAUGAAGGAGGAGAGCGUCCGGAAGGCCAACAGAUGGAUGAGCAUGUUGAGGAAGAGAAGGCUCUCGAUCUUCCAGAGGAGUUGCAGUUGGCUGGCGAGGAUGAGAUUAAAGACGACGAUAUCUCAGAUGAUGGCAUGGAUGAGUUGUCGGAUAUGGACAAUCCGAGGGAAGAAGUCGAGGGCGAUGGUUUUGAAGAGACUCAGGAGAUCGGAGAGCACGAGAAGCGGCCCGAUGAAGGAGCUGCUGAAGAUGAGGUUGACACAGGAGAGGAUGAGGCUGAGAACGGGAUUGCUCAAGACAACGAAAUCAUGGAAGACCAACCGGACGAAGUGGAAGACGACGACAAGAAAGACGGUCACGAUACUCGAGAAGACGAUAAGGUUCAUGACUUGGAAGAGACUGCUGGUGGAGAAUCCGGAGCCGCAAACGAGGUUCAGGAGAAUGUCGACGCAGAGCAGAGCGUCGAGGGCAUAAACGAGGCUGAACAAGAACCGAAUCCCCAGCAGUCUCAACCGGGCAAGGCUUCCGAAGACAAAGAUCAAGGCAAGACCGGCACUGGAGCCUUCGAGCGCGGCACCGGACGAGCAGAAAGCCUUGAGUAUCAGCAAAAUCAGCCUCUGAAGCAGUUGGCAGACGCCCUUGAUCGAUGGCAUCAACGUCGCGAGAUCUUGCCACCAUCUGGCGAGCAAGAUCCAGCGAGGAACGAGCAGGGAGAUGUCGACAUGGCAGAUGCUGAUUUCGAGCAUGUCCAGGAUGAAGGAGACAAGGGAGACGCUCAAGCGCUCGGCGCUGCCGCGGCGGAUCAGUCUCAAAAUCUCGACCCCAGCAAAGCCAUAGAAGACGAAGAUGCGCCCAUGGAUGAGGACACAACACUUCCUGGUGUCCUGGAGCCGGAGGUGCAGGAAGAUAUCGCAGAGAGAUUCAGCCGUCUUAAAGCGGAGGCUAAGCCACCAGGUGCCCGAGACACAGGGCCCUUCGUCCCAGACCACCAGCUCCAGCACAAGGAAUACAACGAUCACCUGGAUUCCGGCGACACUGCAUCUGAUGACUUGUCGCCUGACAUCGAACACCUCGAGCUCAGCGCUGACCAGGCACAGCAAGCUAGCCAUCCGACGAGCAGCGUCAACGCCGCACAGCUGUGGCAACAAUGCUCUGCCACCACGCACCAAUUCUCCCUCGUGCUCACCGAACAGCUGCGGCUCAUCCUCGCGCCCACGACAGCCACCAAGCUGCGCGGCGACUACCGCACGGGCAAGCGGCUGAACAUCCGCCGCAUCAUUCCGUAUAUCGCGUCGAACUACAAACGCGACAAGAUCUGGAUGCGCCGCGCCGUGCCCAGCAAGCGCACCUACCAGAUCAUGAUUGCUGUCGACGAUAGCAAAUCCAUGAGCGAGUCGGGCGCCGACGUGCUCGCCUUCGAGACCCUGGCCUUACUUACCACGUCCCUGGCCAUGCUGGAGGUCGGCGAGAUCUGCGUCGUCGGCUUCGGCGACGCCCCGGCUAUCACUGUCGCCCACCCCUUCACCCAGCCCUUCUCGCCCGCCGAUUCCGGCCCGCAUGUUUUCCAGUCAUUCAGCUUCGAGCAGCGCGGCACCGACGUCAAGAGCCUACUCACCCAGAGCAUCCACCUGUUCCGCGAGGCGCGGACCCAGCGCCAAGGUCCAGGCCGCGAAGAACAGUGGCAGCUCCAACUGAUCGUCAGUGACGGGCACUGCUCAGACCACGACGGCAUUGCGCGACUGGUCCGCCAGGCGCAAGACGAGGAGCGCAUCGUCAUCGUCUUCGUCAUCGUCGACGCCGGGGAGGAGAGCAUCCUUGAUCUCAAGGAGGCUGUCUUCGAGCCCGACCCCGCGAGUCAAGGUCGUCAUCACGCUCAGGCCGGAGGUGCCGGAUCGGGAGGCGUGGGGGAAAUGCGUGUUCGCACAAAGAGGUACCUCGACGGCUUCCCCUUCCCGUACUACCUCGUCGUGCGUGACGUCAGGGAUCUGCCGGGCGUCCUGGCGACCGCAUUGAAGGGCUGGUUCGGGAGCGUCGUUGACGUGCAGGGGUGA